CACGACCACUGUCGACAGCAACCAUGGAUACAAGCAUAGCGUCAAUUCUGCCAGGCCUCACAAGUUCGCUGGAAUCAGCCAUUCCUGCACUUCCCACCAGCGACUCGAUUCUCCCUCCGGCAAACGGCAUCACCCUUCUGGACGCAAAGAAUGAGCUCUUCCUCUCAUACCUUCAGACUCUGGCUUUGCGCAACCUGGCCGUCAUCCGCAGUGCCAAACAUGGAAAGACCAAUGUCGGCGACCUCGACGCACAACUCGUGAAGGAUCUGGUCAAGCACCGUGUAUACCUCGAGAAAGGUGUUCGCCCUCUGGAGGACAGACUCAAGUACCAAAUCGACAAGGUCGUCCGCGCAGCCGAAGAUGAAGCCCGCGGUGCCGUCCAAAAAGCCGCCAUCGCCAAACAAGCCACCUCUGCCCCCAAGAACAACGAAGACUCCGACGACGACGACUCAGCCUCCGACUCAGGCUCCGAGGCCAACUCCGACGACGGUCUCGCUUUCCGCCCCAACCCAGGCAACCUCACCCGCCCCACCGACUCCACCGAAGCACCCACCUCUUCCAGAGGAGCAGAAGCAACCAACGACGGCAUCUACAGACCCCCCCGCAUAAACGCAACAACCAUGCCCGCACCACCCUCCCCGCGCCGCGAAAAGGGCGACCGCAAACCCAUGCGCAGCAACACAAUCGACGAAUACGUCGCCGACGAACUCUCCGGCGCCCCCACCGCCCAACCCUCCAUCGGCAGCACCAUCACCGCCGGCGGCCGCCGCGACAAAUCCGCCCGCGAACGCAGGGAAGAAGCCGAACGCACCGCCUACGAAGAAAGUAAUCUCGUGCGUUUGCCCAAGGAGUCCAAAAAGGAAAGAGCAAAGAAGGACGGCAGAAACAACAGGGGUGGAUUCGGUGGUGAGGAGUUCGAUCUGCUGGGGCAGGGAAUUUCGAGGAUUGAGAGAUUGACUAAGAAGGGAGAGAGGAGUGGAGCUGGUGGUGUGGGUGGUGCUCUGGAGAGGAGUAGGAAGAGAAAAGUUGACGAUAACGAUGGUGUUAGGGGUGGUGCCGGUGGUGAUAUCGGUAGAGAGUUUGAGCGUAGGAAGAAGAGGGCUAUGCGUAGGAACUGAUAGGG